CUAGAAGCCUCGCUCGAAAGCCUCACGCCCCGCGAUUCAAGUGACACCGCCCUAAACCCUAGCCGCCUCCGCUCGUCGCCGGCGACCACCUCCGCCUCCGCCGCCAUGAGCCGCUUCGACGGCCGCGCCGCGGACCCCGGCUCGUACCGCGACCGCCGCAGCGAGGGGGCGUUCGGGGGCGGGACGAGGGCGUUCGCCCCACCGAGCAAGGCGGACUCCGCCGCCGCGGCCGACCUGGAUGGCCUGCCGCGGUUCGAGAAGAACUUCUACGUGGAGUCCCCUUCCGUGGCCGGCAUGACGGAGGACGAGGUGGAGGCGUACCGCCGCCGCAGGGAGAUCACUGUGGAGGGCCGUGAUGUGCCCAAGCCAGUGCGCGAGUUCCGUGAUGUCGGAUUCCCAGAAUAUGUGCUGCAAGAAAUUUCAAAAGCUGGAUUUGUAGAACCUACUCCUAUCCAGUCUCAAGGUUGGCCAAUGGCAUUGAGGGGACGUGAUCUUAUUGGCAUUGCUGAAACAGGAUCAGGGAAAACGCUUGCUUACCUUUUGCCUGCCAUCGUUCAUGUUAACGCUCAGCCUAUUCUAGCUCCUGGCGAUGGUCCAAUUGUUCUGGUGUUAGCCCCUACACGUGAACUUGCUGUGCAGAUACAGCAAGAGGCAACUAAGUUUGGUGCAUCAUCAAAAAUAAAAAGUACUUGUGUAUAUGGUGGUGUUCCAAAAGGUCCUCAAGUUCGUGAUCUUCAAAAAGGUGUUGAAAUUGUUAUAGCUACACCAGGAAGACUGAUUGAUAUGAUAGAAUCACACCAUACAAAUUUGCGGAGGGUCACUUACCUCGUUUUAGAUGAGGCAGACCGGAUGCUAGACAUGGGCUUUGAACCUCAGAUUAAGAAAAUCGUUUCUCAGAUUCGUCCAGAUCGCCAAACGCUAUAUUGGAGUGCUACUUGGCCAAAGGAAGUUGAACAGCUAGCAAGGAACUUUCUUUUUGACCCAUACAAGGUUAUAAUCGGUUCUGAGGAAUUGAAAGCUAAUCAUGCCAUUUCUCAGCAUGUAGAGAUAUUAUCUGAGAGUCAGAAGUACAAUAAGUUGGUUAAUCUACUGGAGGAUAUAAUGGAUGGCAGCCGAAUAUUAAUAUUUAUGGACACGAAAAAGGGAUGUGAUCAAAUCACUAGACAGCUUCGGAUGGAUGGUUGGCCUGCUCUGUCUAUCCAUGGUGACAAGAGCCAAGCUGAGAGAGAUUGGGUUCUUUCCGAAUUUAAAUCAGGGAAAAGUCCUAUCAUGACAGCUACUGAUGUGGCUGCUCGAGGCUUAGAUGUUAAGGAUGUUAAAUAUGUCAUUAACUAUGACUUUCCGGGAUCACUGGAGGAUUAUGUUCAUCGCAUUGGUCGAACUGGUAGAGCUGGAGCAAAAGGAACAGCUUACACGUUUUUCACUGCUGCUAAUGCCAGAUUUGCCAAGGAUCUGAUCAACAUUCUAGAAGAAGCUGGACAGAAGGUCAGCCCUGAAUUAGCUAAUAUGGGUCGUGGUGCCCCACCCGCUUCUUCAGGUUCCCGUGAUAGAUAUAGAGGGUAUGGAAGUGGUCGGUCAUGGAGCUGACUUUCAUAUGUUCAGUUAUUGCAGAGAGCAAUAUUUGGCCUUUCUUUGUGGAUGGCUAUGUGUAUUUCUGGCUCACUGAAUCUUUUGGCUAUUGAUCGGUAAAGAUAGAUUUAUAUAACUUUAAACAUGUGUCCCAUUGUGAGAUAUGACCAGGUCAUUGUCAUCCAUUGUCUCAAUAGCUCAAAAUGUGGCAUAUAAUAUUUUUCUUGCAGUUAUUAGAGAACAGUUUUGAUUUCGUAUUUCUCAGUUAGCCAUGAUUCAUACUUUGGUUCCAUUAAUAUCAAUGUGAAGCCUUUCUUGAUUUCCAUGUAGAAAGAUAGUCAAUUAGAUUGUCAUUGACUCAUUU